AAAAUGAAGAAGCAAAUGAUAUGCUUGCUGUUCCUCUCUUUGUUCAUUGCUUCGUCUUAUGCUCAACUUAGACAAAAUUUCUAUCAAUCCACCUGCCCAAAUGUUGAAUCAAUUGUGAAAUCAGCUGUCACGAAGAAAUUCCAGCAAACGUUUGUCACCGUUCCAGGCACUCUACGCCUCUUCUUCCAUGACUGCUUUGUUCGGGGAUGUGAUGCCUCGGUUCUUCUAGCAAAUGCAAACGCCGAAAAGGACCACCCUGAUGACAUAUCACUCGCUGGAGAUGGAUUCGACACCGUCAUUAAAGCUAAAGCCGCCCUUGACAGUAAUCCCAAUUGCCGAAACAAAGUUUCUUGCGCUGAUAUAUUGGCUCUUGCCACUAGAGAUGUCAUAGGCUUGUCAGGUGGGCCAUCAUACAGUGUAGAAUUGGGCAGAAGAGAUGGUAGAGUUUCUACAAAGGCAAGCGUUCAACAUAGUCUUCCACAUCCGGAUUUUAAAUUAGACCAACUUAACACCAUGUUUGCAAAGCAUGGUCUAUCUCAAACCGAUAUGAUUGCACUUUCUGGUGCACAUACUCUUGGAUUUUCUCAUUGUGGCAAAUUCUCGUCACGUAUAUAUGGAAAGGGUGGAAUAGACCCAACCCUAAACCGACAAUACGCUCUUCAGCUAAGACAAAUGUGUCCGAGAAAUGUAGACCCAAGGAUCGCGAUUAACAUGGACCCCACCACUCCUCGGACUUUUGACAAUGCGUAUUUCCAAAAUCUUCAACAAGGAAAAGGAUUGUUUGUCUCUGACCAGGUCUUGUUCACUGACAACCGAUCAAAGCCAACAGUUAACCAAUUUGCGUCUAGCAACACCGCCUUCAACCAAGCUUUUGUGACCGCCAUCACCAAACUUGGUCGAGUUGGGGUGUUGACCGGUAACAAAGGUGAGAUCAGGCGUGAUUGUACAAGGGCUAAUUAA